AUCUGAAACAGCAUUCUCUGUUUAUGUUCAAUUCUUUAAUCACAUUGACAAUAUAUGUUUUUAUUUACAAUCAACUGCCUGGCAAGAAAAAACUGAGGAAACGGUUAUUCUUUUAUCUGAAACAUCCCACAAAGUUGUAACACAAUUGUAAACCUCGAAAAAUUGUGUGCUUUUAAAUAGUGUUAAAGCUAUUUUAUACUGGCGCAGACAUCAAGCUAAAAUACAAAAUGAUUUUCUACUCGAAAAACAAGCACAAGCUCUUGAAUUUCAAAAAGAUUUGAGUGAACGUUCUGAACAAUUACGAAAAGCUCUCGAUGUUGGUCAUUCGUCUCUUCAAGCUUCCUUAGCCGGCAUGCAUGAACAAAUCUACAAUGAGCAACAAAAGUUGCUUUCGGGGUUUAAAGACUUAACAAAACUUUUUCAACGAGUCCUUCGCUUUCAGCAAUACGUUACCAACUGGUUAUUUGGAGCUCAAGGAGUGUCCAUUUAUGUUCUUCUGAUAAUUCUGACUUAUUACAUGACAACAGCUCUUAGCACUCGGUCAUGCCGUGGAAAACUUUACGCACUUUGGACUAUUAUGUUUUGCUUGGAAAUACUUACUUACCGUUGGUCGCAAUUUUUUUUUUCAAAUUCAAAAGAUUUUGUAAUAAAAGCAAUUGGAACAAUAAGGACUUGUUGUGUUCUUAUAGGAGUCAUGAACUGGUUUUGUACAUGGUGGAAAUAUUGUGACGCUAACACGACCAUGUUCCAAUUGUUUCAAUUAGAAAUACAAGAACUUAAGAAUCAUUUAGAAAGAAGAAAUCUAACUUGCUUUCCUUUUGGAGGAGCUUACAACACUGUUAUUAAUAGUGAUGUUUAUGUCGAAAACGGAUAUGAUGAGGAUCCAGAUGCAUGCGUUAACGAAGAAACUUCUUUGUCUUCAUCUGAAGACAUUUCUUGCUUAACAUCUGAUACAUUCUCCCUAGAAGACAUACCUUGUGUAUCGAAUACAAUACAACUACCGAGAAGAAACCCUCAUAGAAAAGCGCGUCCACAAGCCUACCGCGCUCCAAUAACGCAUUACGAUUUCAAAACCUUAGGCUUAAAUCCAAAACUGUUAUUCGAAACACCACAUGAUUUCAGUCAGCAGAUGAUUCGAAACUCAAAACAUAUUACUUUUUUCCAGAAAGAAAAUGAUUAUGAAAGGUAAAGUCCAUAGUGUUCCAGGCGGAAAACGCUCUUCAACUCGAGUGACCAAUUAAAUGUUUUUUUUUAACCAAGGAGACUUUGGACUAAUCACACGUGUUUUUUACCUUUUAAUUAACAGUUGCUACCUUUAUUUCUAAUCUAAUAAUAUGGGAAAAAAUUAAAGCUUUUUAAAAUAAACAGGGUGGAUAAAAAUCCAUUAAUUUAAGCCGCGAAGGACAUGAAUAAAACUUUUCUACUAAUGUGUCUUUAAAGAAAAAAACAUCCAUAAUCUGAGCACCCAUCUUUAAUUGUUUUACGACUAAAGAUACGUUCGCAAUUUCUCAAACAGAUUCGGUUCUAAUGUGUUGUUUCAAAUAAAAAUAUAUUCUAAAAAGAAUGUGACCAUCAAUACAGAAGAAAAUUAGUUUUUUAAUUUAAAGAAGGUUAUGAAUAAACACCAACAGAAAUGAAUAAUUAGUUUAACAGCUGGACGUCAGGGAAAUUUUGCAAAAAAUACCGUGAGGAAAGAAAAAUUUUUUAAACCAUGUGUAAUCUUUUAUUUGUUAUCGCUAUAUUUUUUUAUACGUAAAUCUUAAUUUGAUAACUUUUUAAAUGCAAUAUAAUAAAAACUUCCGUAAACGAACAAAUACACUU